UCAACCGCGUGGACCCCACCACGAUCUCCCAUCCUCCUCCUCCUCCCCGUCGCCACGUACGCGGCCGGGGCGCCCCUAUACAAGCGCCACGUCGCCGCCGACUCGCCGUCGCCGCGCUCCCCACGGCUCUUCCGCCUCCUCCGACGGCGAGCUAUAAAUCCCUCCCGCCGACGCGAUCCCAUGGCGUCACCGCACGGCUUCCGCUCCCCCUCCUCCUCCAACAACAACAAUAGCAGCCCUUGGCCCGCCCCCUCCGCGCCGCCGCUGUACCCGACGCUCACCAUGGCCGACCUGGCGCCCGUCGAGAUAGGGCCCGUCUCUUCGCCCACCGCCGGCGAGGACGCCGGGCCCCCGCCGUCGGAGGACCUCCUCCUCCGGAUCCCCGGCGCGCAGCUCCACCUCAUCGACCGCACCCGGAGCCACCCGCUCGCCGCCGGGGACCUCUCGCUCCUCCGCAUCCGCUCCGGCGAGACCAGCCUCGCCGCAAUCGCGCUCCUCGACCCGGUCCAGUGGCCGCUCGCGCGGGACGUCGCCGCGGUCAAGCUCGACCCCUGCCACUACUCCUUCUCCCUCACCGUGCCGCCCUCCGCCGACGACCCAAACCCCGACCCGCUCCACUACGGCCUCACGCUCACCCACCCCGACGCGCGCCUAGACGGCCUCCUCGCGACCUACACCAGGUUCUCUGUCCAUUCCGUGGUUGGGACCAAGGAGUUGGAGAACAGGGUGCGCGACGAGGUCGAGGCCGCCGCGUACUGGACGGCGGUGGCGCCGAAUGUGGAGGAGUACGGCAGUAAGGUCGCGAGGGCCAUCGCCACCGGCGCCGAGCACCUGGCCAAGGGGAUACUGUGGUGCGGGGAGGUCACGGUGGACAGGCUUCAUUGGGGAAACGAGGUCCUCAAGAAGAGGAUGCAGCCUGGCGACGCCAACGCCGAGGUCAGCCCCGAGAUGCUCAGGCGGAUCAAAAGAGUUAAGAAGGUGACCCAAAUAUCUGAGAAAGUGGCAACUGGAAUAUUGUCCGGAGUUGUUAAGGUCACUGGCUAUUUCACAAGCUCAUUGGCCAACUCAAAAGCUGGCAAGAAAUUUUUCAACCUGUUGCCUGGAGAAAUUGUUCUUGCUUCGCUUGAAGGAUUUGGGAAGAUCUGUGACGCCGUAGAAGUGUCUGGGAAGAACGUCCUGUCCACAUCAUCAACUGUGACUACUGGGCUUGUAUCUCACAAGUACGGGGACAAAGCUGCCGCUGCAACCAACGAAGGGAUGGACGCGGCCGGUCACGCCAUCGGGGCGGCGUGGGCCGUGUUCAAGAUCCGGCAGGCCUUGAACCCGAAGAGCGUCCUGAAACCCACGUCGCUGGCCAAGUCCACCAUCAAGGCGAACGUUGCUGAACUCCGUGCCAAGCACAGCAAGUAGUCCGCACAUGCCGUUCUUCAGGUACCUGUCUGAUCCUGAAAAGCGUGUCCGCCGAGAGGAGGAGAUGUUCCAGUAAUCCAAGUUGCAAGCAAGUUUUUCGAAUCCUUUCGCUUUGCCACGACUUUCGGACGCACUGCUGUCAGUAGCUGCGUUUGCUUGUAAAUUUUUGUGCUGAACACGGAAACCUGCUGCCUGACAAGGGAUGGUGUGCUUUUCUUGGCAAUGUACUAAAAAGCUUGCUGACGAACACUGGACUAUUGGAGACAUUUGCAAACUUUGUUUUUGUUUCUCAA